AAGAACACAGGCUGCUAGCGGCAAGAGCACUGUGACAGAACCACCACUCCAACACUCACACGGACACAGGCAGCUUUCAGGCUCUUUACUCAUCUGUUUUCUCAUUUCUUCUAUCCCUGACGUCAGCUUUUUCUCUUUUAUUCUCCACUUCUCUAUUUUUUUUAAUUCUGUUUUUAUUUCUCUCCCAACUGUUUACUUUCAUCCUCUCAUUUUGUGGGUCAGGGCAGAUUGUUGUGAGUGACAGCUCUGUCGUUGGCCGUCAGUUUGGAAUGUCUCGACGGGACCAGCGCUACCGGAGAGGACUGAAAGGAAGGUGCUGUGAGUGUGGCUGUAUCCUGUCCCACUGGUACUAUGAGCGGGAGGGCCAACUGUACUGUAAGGGUCAUUACUGGGGUCGCUAUGGAGAACACUGUCACGGCUGCACAGAGCCCAUCAGCACAGGGCUCAUCAUGUUUGCUGGAGAGCAGAAGUUCCACCCCGAGUGUUUCAUCUGUAGAAGCUGUGGGAGAUUCAUUGGAGAUGGAGACUCAUUCACACUAGUGGAAUGCUCCAAGCUCUACUGUGGUCAGUGUUUUUCUAAGGGUGUGGUAUCUUCCGUGGGAGGACCAACCUCUCCAUUAACCUGGAGCUCCCACACAGUGGCGCUGGUGUCACUCCCUCCCCCUGUCUGUGGUCACAGAGUACUCACUGUAUCCACAGAAACAGACUUCAGCCAGGAGAACGAAACGGUUGUUACCGUGACAGAUCUGGACUCUAACCUUCUGACCCCUGAUCUGCUGACUUCCCUCCAUAUUGGUGACAGAAUUUUAGAGGUCAAUGGAACACCUGUUCGGAAUAUUUUACCAGAUGAAAUUACCAGAGUUAUUCAGGACCCCAGUAGACCUCUACAGGUGACUAUAGAACACAACCCACAUCCACCUGAAGACCCAGAAGACCUUGGUUCCUCUGAUGACCCACCUGACAAUAACUGCCCAGAGCCCCGCAUCCACGGCAACCUCUGUGGACCCCAUGGCGACCUUCCGAGCCUGAGUGAAGAGCCGAACCCUGAGGAGUACGCAGCCGGACCAAUCAGAAGCCACCUCUCGCCCCCCCGGAACCACCAAGGCACCAUGGGAAUGCGCUCCAGACACAUCUUGCGAAGCUGCAGUAUAGACAGGGCCCCCCUUUCCCCCCGCUCGAUGUUGCGUUCCGAGUCUCUGCGUGUAGACCCCGGCCACGGGGAGAGGACUCAGCGCAUCUUCAGACCAUCAGACCUCAUCUACGGGGAGGUGCUGGGCAAGGGCAGUUUCGGACAAGCCGUUAAGGUGACACAUAAGGAAACUGGAGAAGUGAUGGUGAUGAAGGAGCUGAUUCGUUUCGACGAAGAGACUCAGAAGACCUUCCUCAAGGAGGUGAAGGUGAUGCGCUGCCUUAACCACCCAAAUGUGCUCAGGUUCAUUGGUCUGCUUUACAAAGACAACCGCCUCAACUUCAUCUCUGAGUUUGUCAAGGGAGGGACGCUCAGAGAGACCAUCAAGAAAAUGGAGAGCGAUUUUUCCUGGAGAUUGCGAGUGAGCUAUGCAAAAGAUAUUGCUGCUGGGAUGGCAUAUUUACACUCUAUGAAUGUAAUCCACCGCGACUUAAACUCUGAAAACUGUCUGGUCAGAGAAAACCAGAGUGUGGUGGUGGCAGACUUUGGUCUGGCCAGGCUGGUGAUGGAGGAGAAGGCCCAGAGCAGGCUUUCCUCUGGGGGGAAAUCCUCAGCAGUACUAGGCCUAAAGACAAAACCAGGGCUAGAAGGACCAGGGUCAGUGCCAGGAAGGGUGACUGACCUACGGAGACUAGACAGGCGAAAGAGGUACACCGUGGUUGGAAACCCCUACUGGAUGGCCCCUGAGAUGAUCCAUGGGAAGAGCUACGACGAGCGGGUUGACAUCUUCUCCUUUGGCAUCAUGAUGUGUGAGGUGAUAGGCAGAGUGAGUGCGGACCCAGACUACCUACCCAGGACCUCAGACUUUGGCCUGAAUGUCCCGGGCUUCCUGGAACGCUACCAUCCCCCAGAAUGCCCCUCUGCCUUCAUGCCUUUGGCUGCCCUCUGCUGUGACCUGGAGUCAGACACCCGUCCUUCAUUUAUUAAGCUGGAGGAGUGGCUGAAUAAUUUGUUGAUGCACCUCGACAUCGGUCUGCCACUACUGUCCGAGCUGGACCAGCUCCGACAGGCCUUCUGGAAGAAACACGGACAGGAACGUGACUGCAACCACUUAGUACCACUGAAUCAAAACCAUAACCAAUCUGAGCCUGAGAACAAUAAACAUAACCACAACCACUCUUUGGACACUGACGGAUCCAAGCACAAGCAAACCCAUUCACAGUCACAGGACAUUGAACAUGUCCAUUCACAGCCACAAAAUCACAAAGCCACUCACAAAAAACACGAUCACGGUCAAUCAGAGCCUCAGAGCCACAGUGACAGUGGCAAACUCAACUGUCCUCUUGAUGGUGGACACAGCAACAAUGACCAGCUGGAGCCCAACUCGCACCAUGACUGCUCUGUGAGUCCACACCAGGAUGGCACCCAUCUAAAGCUUAGCUCUGUUCCGGCCCAAGGCAAUACAACCGGCAAGGUAUUAUGGGACAGAACGAGUGAGGACACCUUCCUCUGAAUUUAAGUUGUGGACAGACUGUAGAAGCUAUCCACAGAAUCAGGAGCAAAUUUUUCCUGAUUCUGGAAGUAGUCUAUGUUUGACAAGGUGUCUUAUGAUUUUGUCAUUGAAUACCAACUGUGAAACACCUAUUGCACUUUAAAGAAACUCAGGUGGAUUGAAACAUACUUUCUUAUAUUUAAAAACCCCUGUGUUGGUCUUGAUGUAUACACUGUAUACAGUUGGGUCCGGAAAUAUUUGGACACUGACACAAUUUUCAUAGCUCAUGGCUCUGUACCCCACCACACUGGAAUUUAAAUGAAACAGCCGAGAUGCAAUUGAAGUGCAGACUUUCAGCUUUAAUUCAAUGGUUUGAGCAAAAAUAUAAUAUGAAACGUUUA